GCGGCCAAUGAGCGCCCAGCCCGGGGAGGGAGGGGGCGCGCGCGCCUGAGUAGGAGCCGCUCCCCGCGGCGCUCCCACCUCCUCCCCCCGCGGCGCCCAGCCUAUCCCGGCCGCGCUCCGCUCCGCUCCCCGCUGUCGGGCGGGGAGGGCGGCCGGAGCCCGGGGGAGGGGAGGCGCAAGGACAUGGGCUGGUUCUGAGCGCCUGGGGAGGGAAGCCGUCGUGCGUGUGCCUCCCUAGAUUUUAAUAACUGUUUGUUGUUGGGCGGUGUAGGUUUGGGGUUUUCUGCCCCAACCUCCGCCCCCACCUCCCACCCCGUCUUCCAAGAAGGCGGAGGGGAGAGCGGCAGACCCCAGCGCGCCUGCAUGGCUCCUGUGCCCCGGAGCGCCCCUGGAAAAUAGAAGCCGUCUCGGGCCAGGUGACAUCCCCCCGCCGCCGCGCUCGCACUCACGGGAGCGGCAGGGGCGGGGGAGCCGCCCGUGAGGACAUGGAGGGAGCCUCGGGGGAAGCAGAGCUGCCGCUCCUCACGGUGAAGCACGAGCUGAGGAACGCAAAUUUGACAGGCCAUGCAGAGAAAGUUGGCAUUGAAAACUUUGAGCUCCUGAAAGUUCUUGGAACAGGGGCCUAUGGAAAAGUAUUCCUAGUGAGGAAAGUAAGCGGCCACGAUGCUGGGAAACUGUAUGCCAUGAAAGUAUUGAAGAAAGCAACAAUAGUUCAAAAAGCCAAAACAACUGAGCACACAAGGACAGAGCGACAAGUCCUGGAGCACAUUAGGCAAUCACCGUUCUUGGUCACCUUACAUUAUGCCUUCCAGACAGAUACAAAGCUUCAUCUCAUUUUAGACUAUAUAAAUGGAGGAGAAUUGUUUACUCAUCUUUCACACAGAGAGAGAUUCUCAGAAAAUGAGGUGCAAAUUUACAUUGGAGAAAUCGUUUUGGCACUUGAACAUCUCCACAAGUUGGGGAUUAUAUAUCGGGAUAUAAAACUUGAGAAUAUUCUCCUUGAUUCUGAUGGCCAUGUGGUGCUGACAGACUUUGGGCUAAGUAAGGAGUUUCUUACUGAUGAGAAUGAGAGAGCAUAUUCCUUCUGUGGAACAAUAGAAUAUAUGGCUCCAGAUAUUGUAAGAGGGGGAGACACAGGACAUGAUAAGGCUGUUGAUUGGUGGAGUGUUGGUGUUCUUAUGUAUGAAUUAUUAACUGGAGCAUCACCAUUUACAGUCGAUGGAGAGAAGAAUUCCCAAGCAGAGAUUUCUAGGAGAAUAUUAAAAAGUGAGCCACCUUAUCCACAAGAAAUGAGUGCUCUGUCUAAGGAUAUAAUUCAGCGUCUUUUAAUGAAAGACCCCAAGAAGAGGCUAGGUUGUGGUCCCACUGAUGCUGAUGAAAUCAAACAGCAUCCCUUUUUCCAGAAUAUGAAUUGGGAGGACUUAGCUGCCAAAAAAAUACCAGCUCCAUUUAAACCAGUAAUCAGAGAUGAAUUGGAUGUCAGUAAUUUUGCAGAAGAGUUUACAGAAAUGGAUCCAACAUACUCUCCUGCAGCAACUCCUCAGACUUCUGAAAGAAUAUUUCAGGGAUAUUCUUUCGUUGCACCAUCUAUUUUGUUUAAACGCAAUGCAGCUACAGUAGAUCCCUUCCAGUUUUAUGUGGGGGAUGAGAGACCUGGAAUGACAACUAUUGCCAGAAGUGCUAUGUUGAAGGACUCUCCAUUUUAUCAUCAUUAUGAACUGGAUCUGAAAGAGAAACCAUUGGGAGAAGGAAGUUUUUCCAUUUGUCGAAAAUGCUUACACAAGAAAACUAGCCAAGAGUAUGCAGUAAAAAUAAUUAGCAAAAGAAUGGAAGCCAACACCCAGAGAGAAAUAACAGCUCUGAGGCUCUGCGAGGGACAUCCGAAUGUAGUGAAGUUACAUGAAGUUUUUCAUGACCAGCUUCACACAUUCCUGGUAAUGGAAUUGCUGAAGGGAGGAGAAUUGCUUGAACGUAUUCAGAAGAAGAAACAUUUCAGUGAGACGGAAGCCAGUCACAUUAUGCGCAGGCUUGUUUCAGCAGUGAGCCAUAUGCAUGAUGUGGGAGUAGUCCACAGAGAUCUGAAACCUGAGAAUUUACUAUUUACAGAUGAAACUGAUAAUUCAGAAAUAAAAAUAAUUGAUUUUGGCUUUGCUCGUUUAAAACCACCUGAUAAUCAGCCUCUUAAGACUCCGUGUUUUACCCUUCAUUAUGCGGCCCCAGAGCUCUUGAAUCACAAUGGUUAUGAUGAGUCUUGUGAUCUGUGGAGUUUGGGGGUCAUUUUGUACACGAUGCUGUCAGGGCAGGUACCAUUUCAGUCUCAAGACAGAAGUUUAACAUGUACCAGCGCGUUGGAAAUUAUGAAGAAAAUAAAAAAAGGAGAAUUUUCCUUUGAAGGAGAGGCUUGGAAAAAUGUUUCUGAAGAGGCUAAAGAGCUAAUUCGAGGACUUCUCACAGUGGAUCCAAACAAAAGGAUUAAAAUGUCCAGCCUGAGAUACAAUGAGUGGCUUCAGGAUGGCAGCCAGCUCUCAUCUAACCCUCUAAUGACACCUGAUAACUUAGGCUCUUCAGGAGCUGCAGUGCACACAUAUGUCAAAGCCACUUUCCAUGCCUUUAACAAGUACAAAAGGGAAGGAUUUUGUCUCCAGAAUGUGGACAAGGCACCUCUUGCAAAAAGAAGGAAAAUGAAAAAAACAAGUACAAGCACAGAGACACGUAGCAGCUCCAGUGAAAGUUCCCAUUCUUCUUCCUCUCAUUCUCAUGGUAAAACUACCCCCACAAAGACAUUGCAGCCCACAAACCCUACAGACAGCAAUAACCCAGAAACCAUCUUCCAGUUCUCCGACUGAGCAGCAGAAUGUUUUGUCUCAAGGAGUUAAAUGGUUACAGACUUGGCAGUACCUGUAUUGUCUUCUCCUGCCCUUCCUCCUGUGGCUUACAGGCUGCCACAGGAAGACUUCUGUUGCUUUAGAAAUGUAUUUUAGUCAUACCUUUUUAGCUCUGUAUUUCCAUACAUUUCCUUCUAGCGUUGUAUGGUAUCACUGGAUAUAGUGUAAUACUGUUAUACAGCCAACAUUGUAUUCUCUGAGGGCUACGUUACUGGUGUGCAGCCAAGCUCCAGGUAAGUAGCUGUGCUGCUCAUGGUACUGCUUGGAAGAAGACUGUUCCUCAGUGUCACAAUCUUCCUCCCAGUUCCUUCCCUACUGCUCAAAGAAAGGAAAGCUCUGUAACAUCGGUAGAACUUCGAGAUCUUCUGCUCCUACCCAGCUCUGUGAAGAAUAUUGUAGAAUUUGAUUCUUCAUGCAUGUAAACAAUCAUUGGUACAAUGCACCAAAGCAGUAUAGUACUCUAAAGCCUUUUAAAUUUAUGGUUAUGAUCUGUCCCAUUUAUUUGAAUUUUAAGAUCAAAAUGAAGCACUAUGGAACUCCUACUUUGUUUAAAAAAUAUCUUGUUCUAAACAACAGAGAAUAGAAGUCUUAGAUUUUUUUUUUAAUUUAUUUAUUUUUUUUAAACACUUCUAGGGUAAAAGAUAUCUGAUAAGGUGAUAUGUCUAUUACUGUGAUACAAUAACUUUUAUUUUUUGAAGUUAUUAGCUUCUAAAAGAUUUUAAAGAUUCUAAAAUGUAGUGCUAUAAGAGAAAAUUAAAUUUCAUAUUUGAUUCUUUGGAAAAUGGCCACAUGUUAAAAUACCUAUUCCAAGAUUUAAUUAUAAUUUAUAUUUUCUUUUUAUAAUCACACAAUAAUUUUAAAAUACUAAGAUUUUUUAAAGAUGAGAAAACUCCAGUUUCAGCAUUUGUUUUUAUAGGGUCCAUAAAAAUGCAUACCAAGUUAUUUGAAUUUUGCAUUGUGCAAAUAUGGCAGUCUAACAGUGACUGUAAAAUAUUAGAAUAUAUAAGUUUUAUUUUUUUGCACUUUAUAACAUCCAAACGAGAUGUUUUGGAAUAAAGUGCACUCAGAUGUCUCUUCCUACAAGGUGCUGAGCACUGUUUUAUGGGCUGAAUGACUUGAAAUCCACCAUAUUUGGUGGUUGUGGUCAUAGUGAAGGAGAAUUCUGUACUUUGCAGGAGUGAAUCCCUGUAUAUUACCCACUGUUUUCAUUCCUUACUGUAAAAUGCAAAGCUCUUUCUAUCUUGCUUUUACAUUGUAUAUAACAAAUACUAGACCUGGGCACCUUGUGUAGUGUAGAUGUUAACAACUUAUGCACUGGGAAUACUAAAGGGAAAUUAUAUUGAACACUGUGCUUCACGACUUGUUCACUGUGGUGUUCUACAGUGAAGUAUUUCCUACUGUGAUAGUAUAGUAUGUACAUAACUGUUUGGAAUCAUAAAUGUGACUUAGAGAAAUAUCAGCAUAAACUUUUAAAUCAGUAUAUUUUAUAAAUUUAUGGAGAGCUCUUUUAUAGCUUGUAUUCUCAAUGACUAGGGGUAACUUAAGUGCUAAAAAUGACUCCAGUUUUGCAAAUACUUACAUGUGUAAGUUUCCACUGAAGUCAGAGAGGCUCCUUGUCAUAUGCCUAAAUUUGUGUGAUGGAAGACUAAUUGACUAGAGGAUUUUGUUAACAGCUGUCUCUAUCCUAAAGUAACCUUAAUCCAAACCCUAUGCAAAAAAAAAAAAAGGUUAUAGAAAUUGUUUAUAUCAGUGAUUUUAUUUAUAGAAUUAAAUCAUAUAUCAGUAUUGACAAAUACAAUAAAUCCAUGUUUACAGGGAUUGUGUGUAUCGAAACAUGGCUUUGAAGCCCAACAUGUUUGUUCUGUGUUUCUUUAAUAUUAAUAAUGGCAUUCUGAGGUUUUGGAAUUGCUCAUGUGAAAUAGUUUACUACUUUCUUGAUGUGAAUGUCAACAGUAAUUGCAGCAUUAAUUUCAGGUUGAUGUGAAUAUUGAGAUUUGCACUGUUUAUGUAGAAGUAGUAUAUUUAAAGAUCAGUCUAUGUGCUAAUAACACAACCAAUUUUAAGUGGCCUAUGUUAAAGUAUUGAAAAAUAAUUGUCAGUGUAAUAUAUUCAGGUUUGCUUUCUGAAUGCUCUCUUUGGAAGUAAUCUCAAUAGUGAACAUGGCUCAUUUGUAAAAGAAUACUUUUUCUCUCCCAAAUAAACUUGCUGUAAAUACAACAAACAAUCCACCAUUCAUACUCGUUACGCAGACAGUAUCAGUGAAUUGGGAGAUUGGAAAACAGGUUGCUUAUCAAGUUUGCACUUUGAGGAGUUCGUGGAACUUGUCUUCAGGAUGAGGACAACAAAAAGCAAUUUCAGUCUGAUUUCAUUUAAGUGUAAUAAACUGUUGGAUACCAGGUGGAUUUGGAAUAUUGUGACCCAGCUGAAAGAACUUAAAUGUUAGGAACACGGGAUGUUAGGAAACGUUGUUUUCCUGUUGGAAAAUUUAAACUGUUUCUUGACAAACUGAUGAAACAACAAGAAUGUUUGCACAAGAUACUAAAUGCUAGAGAUAAUGGCUGUCUUGUCAAUCUUUUUUUCUGCACAGGUUUUGAGAGACUGUUGUGAGACAAAAAGUUAUUAGAAUACAUCACUUGUAUCAAAGACAACUUUUAUAGCUGAAUAUUUCUGUGUCCUCUUUGUGCUCUCACGGUAGUUGUUUAAUAAAAAUUGAAACCCAGGGUAUUUCUUUUGGGCAGGGCUAAGUACA